GUGCCCUUCGUCCAACAUGUCCUUAAGAAAGCUCAUUCAGCAAAACCGCAAUGCCAAUUUUGUGGGCUACUGUGUUAGUCCAAGUUACACACCUUACUUAGAUCCAAUGUGCAGUCCCCAGAUGGAUAAUAGAAGAAUUCAGAGUCUGGCAAACACAGUGGGGACGUUACCAAGGGGACGCAAACAGCUUGCUUUAACCAGAUCAAGUUCCUUAGGUGACUCUUCUGGGCCACAAAGACGACUUCUUGCUAUUGUCAAAGAAGAUAAUGAAACAUUUGGAUUUGAAAUUGAGACACGUAGAUUACAACACCAAAAUGCUUGCUCCCUGCAAAUAUGCACUUAUGUCUGCAAAAUACAAGAAGAAAGUCCUGCCCAUCUUUCUGGCCUGCAAACAGGUGAUAUUCUAGCCAAUAUCAAUGGAGUGAACACUGAAGGUUUUAGUCACAAGCAAAUGGUGGACUUGAUAAAAUCUUCAGGGAAUUAUUUAAGAUUAGAGACUGUUAAUGGAGCCAGGAUUGUUAGGAGAAUGGAACUUGAAACCAAGCUGCAGUUAUUGAAGCAAACUUUGCAGGAAAAAUGGGUGGAGUUCCGAUCUCUGCAAUUACAGGAACAACGCUUGCUGCAUGGGGAGGUGAAUGACAACAACUUUGACACCCUGGAAUUGGAGUCCAAUUUAUUUGGUAGUUGUGCUUCACCAAGGCCUGCCUUCCCAAUUAAACCCCGAUUCUCCAGUGAAAGCAGCUGUAAAAGCCGGCUAAGCUCAAUGACAGUGGACAGUGAGGAUAGUUUCUACCAGACCUGUGUUUUUGAGGAUUCUGCUCAUGAGACUCUGAGCCGGCAGUCGAGCACAGAUGACGAUUGCUUCUUUUCGAGGGACAAUGACACUGCAGUAGGGAAAUAUUCACUGAGGAGGAACAGAAGCAUCAGUCUGGCUAGCAGCGGAUCAAUGUCGCCCUCAUGGGAGGGAGGCAGUUUUUCAAAUAUUUUUGGAACACUCCCACGGAAAAAUAGGAGAGGAAGUGUCCGAAAGCAGCUUUUAAAAUUCAUUCCAGGUCUUCACCGAGCAGUUGAAGAGGAGGAAAGUCGUGUCUGACAUCUUAAGCAUCGUCUUCAGUAGCAAGGACGGUGUUAUUAUCCAUAGGCAGAAACUGCAGCAGUAAAACCACAUAGUGCCCAGGAUUCAUACUGACUCACCCAGCCACACAUUUCCCCCUGACAUAACCUUAUGACAGGACUGACAUUAUUUAAAGUGCUGAUUUUUUUUGUAAUUCUUGAAUGCAGCUAGCACACUGUGGACCCAGCUUUGUUAGUAUAGAAUAGAUUUUCAGGGACUAACUUUGGUUUGUGGAAAAGCUUUGCAGAACCUCCCCAUCGACCCUUGUGUUACCAAUGUCGUCCUCUGUGUGUGAGAGUUACAGCUAUUUAUUUCCUAUGUUAGCGAGCCAAAUAGUAUAUUCUUCAAAGAACUUUAAUAAAUGGCCUGCUGCUGCUGCUGAAAUCAUUGGCAGAAGUCCCAUCGU